AUGGCGUGGCCAUUAUACAACAUUGCCUUCAACGAUUCGAGUCCAUCCUACGAGCCCGGAUGGGACACCAGUGGCUUCAAAUGGCCUCAAGUCUCCCCUACUCAUCCAUCCUCUGUCUCCUGGGGCUCGGAGUCAUCCAUGUCUCCAAACCAUCUUUUAUACAACCAUUAUAUGCAGGAUUUGUCCGCACAACUCGAUCCUAAUUUUGCGAUGCCGGAAGCCUCAUAUGCCCUCGACCUAAGUCGCCUGAACCAGAAUGUCACACACUGUUUCUCGCUCGAGGGCAACGUCGCCGCCAAACCCUUUCCUAUGGACGCCGUCAGCCCGACUACUUGUGCCGCCUCCCCAUCCUCCGAUGGCUCUGUGCGAGAGACGCCUCGGCCAAAGGUCAACGCAGGCCAUUGUCCCAGUGUUGACACGCCAUAUCGCCACCAUGGAGCGCACAAAUCGAGCCCGGGGUAA